GCUGGUUGUGUAACAGCAUUGAUUUGCAUUCCGUUGGGAAGGAUCCAGAUAGUUUUUGUAACACACGGGCCAGAGGAAGGUGGGGUAAAGAAAGGAGGGAGGAGGAUGCCUUGGCAGCAUAUAAGGAGCCCCGACUGUCCCACCACCGCUCCAUUCCUCUGACACCCCUGAUCACUUCUUCCGAGAGAAGCCCUGAACAAAGAGUAACCAUGAGGACCGCUCUGCUGAGACUGCUGGCCGCCCUGGCCUGCGUGCUGGCCGCAUGCGCUGAAGUCAUGCCUGUGAAAGACUUCAGUCUGGAAAAGAUGGCAGGCAAGUGGUACAUGGUUGGCUUUGCCACCAACGCAGUGUGGUUCGUGAAUCACAAGGAUUCCAUGAAGUCAGGCAUAGCCAUUGUGGUGCCAACUGAAGGAGGAGACAUGGAUCUGUCUUAUUCCAACCUGAAUGCUGAUGGGUCCUGCUGGAGAAUGACUCACCUGGCCAAGAAAACCGACACUCCAGGACGCUUCACCUUCCGCAGCCAGGCCUGGAACAAUGACAACGACAUGCGCAUUAUUGAUGUCGUCUACAAUGACUACGCCAUCGUCCACACCAUCAAGACAAAGGAGGGCUCGUCCGAGGUCCUGAACAAGCUUUACAGUCGCACUCCUGAGACCAGCGCCGUCCUGCAGCAGGCCUUCACCCAGUUCUCUCUGGAAACCGGCAUCCUUCCCGAAAACAUUGCUAUCCUGCCAAAGAACGCUGAAUGUCCCGAGGCCUAAAGAGCCCCCUGCACAACAAUCCCUCCAUUCCACCUCUCCUCUGCUCUCCCCUCCUAUCAAGUCCAGGGCUUUCAUCUAAGAGGAGUCUUAUCACUUCUCGUGCUAUCUGCUCCGCCACAAGGCAACGCCAGAGACGACCAACCUGAAGCAUUUCCCACUAACCAGCGCUGCACACCAAAGAGCAACUACAACAUGUGUGUUAACAAUGGCAUUAGACUGGAACGAUCAAAAGGGUUGAUAGCGAGUCAUUUAGGAAGGUAAACAUGACUGUGAAAGCUAUCAGUGUCUGUACUUUCUGAAUUCUUUUUGUAAUUUUUUUUUCAUUUGUUAGAAUAAAGUAAAAGCCAAUAAAAUCAUUAAAACGAUCCAACUGAGUUCAGGGUGAUUCCAUUUACGCUGUAAUGAAAGACAUGAAAAGAAGCAAUAUUGGUUAGAAAAUUUCAAUCAACCCUUCUAGGUCACAUAUUGAUGCAGACUGCCCCCUAUUGGUCACAAUUUCAGCCUCAAAUUACAUAGAAUAUUCCAUGUAAUGACCAACAGCAAUUGUGAAAAAAUGAGGUUUUUGUAAAUAAAAUGUAAAGACGGGGCAUGAUGAAAUGCAGCUUUUAUUCAGUGUGCAGAGCUGCUUUAAUGGGCUGGGCCUGAGCAGGCCUCAUUUCAAGUGAAAAAGAGUACACAGAUGUUAAGUUAGAUUUUGAUAAAUGAAUUCUUAUGGACCGAAAAAAAUAAAAACAUGGGACAAAAGUUUCCACACAAUUA